AUGGAGACCAUCUGGAAAGCAAGUGUGACCAAGCCUGAUCCACUUAGGAGAUCCAGCAAUAACGAUGAGCAAGCUUGUGGUACUGCACAGCAGGCUGCAUGUGGAGAAAAGUGUAUUCCUCUAACAUGGCUUUGUAAUGGGGAACAUGAUUGUACUAAUGGGAUUGAUGAAGAUUGUGAAGUAGCAUGUCAUGGUGACCCAAAUGCAUGGCAAUGCGACAAUGGAAGAUGCAUUUCUAGUAGCUGGCUCUGUGAUGGUGUCAGUGAUUGCAUGGAUGGCUCAGAUGAGAGAAACUGUGUAUGUGGAGAGAAGAAAAUUCGUUGUCGGGGAACUUCUCACUGCAUUGAUACUUGGGAAGUCUGUGACCUCCAUGAAGACUGCGAAGAUGGCUCAGAUGAAGCAAGUUGUCCCAAGAGCCACUGUCUGCCAGGACAAUGGCAAUGUAAGAACAAGGUGUGCAUCAUGGAAGACUGGAAGUGCAAUGGCAUUGACAACUGUGGAGAUUCUUCAGAUGAAGAAGUCUGUGCAUCCUGUCCAGAAGGCAUGAUCCAAUGUGAUGAGGGGAAGUGCAUUAUGGAGUCCCUUAUGUGCAAUGAUGAGAGAGACUGUCUAGAUGGAACAGAUGAGAUCACUACCUGUGGCAAAAACUGCUUUGUAAAUAAUGGAGGCUGUGAGGGAAAAUGUACUGGAACUCACUGGGGUGUAAAGUGCUCAUGUGGUGCUGGCUGGGAGCUUCAUGUUAAUGGACAGAACUGUACUGAUGUGGAUGAAUGUGCCCUGGAAUACAAUCCCUGCAGCCAGUUGUGUCAGAAUACCAUUGGCUCUUUUACAUGUGGCUGUAUGCAGGGCUACUGGCUCCACAAUGGGACUAUGUGCAGGGCUGCUGACAAUGCCACACAAAUUUUGCUAGCUGCAGGCCAUGGCCUUGCUGUUUUGAAUGUGAGAACUCAUGACUAUCGAACCCUCAUCUCCACAAAGACUACACCUGAAGCUAUUGCUUAUGACUGGUUGAGAGAGACUUAUUACUGGGUGGAUGAAAAGAGAAAAAUGUAUAUCUAUAUGCCUGGGAAGAACAGUACACUAUUCUACCCAGAUGUUGGAGAAGUGAACAGCAUAGCAGUGGAUUGGCUCACAGGACAGCUAUACUGGGCCAGCAGCCACCCUCACAUGAUCUGUACUGGCUUAAGCGAUAAUCGGGGAUAUGUGAAAGUCUUGGAAAAGAAACUGGUACCAGAGCAACUGACUCUGUAUCCAGAGAAAAGGUACAUGUACUGGGUGAAUCGUGGUGACAAGGGCAGGACUCUGAUAGAAGCAGCAGGAAUGGAUGGCUCUGACAGACAAGUGCUUGCUGCAGUCUCCAUGGAAGAACCAUUGGGCCUGACUCUCGAUCCAGUAACUGGCAGACUAUACUGGAUCAGUGAAUACAAAGAGUCUAUUGAAACAAUAAAAAUUGAUGGCAGUGGGAGACAUACUUUUCCAGAGAUACUCAUGAAUCAUCAAGACCCUGUGGGACUUGCUGUAUUUGAAAGCACCUUCUUCUGGGCAAGUGAAGACCAUCUUGUGUCUGUUUCUUGGGACUCCCUAGAGAAAAUGGAAGUGCUGCUGAAUGCCUCCAUCUCUGCCUUCACAGUGCUGCAUGAGUUGCAACAGUCUCCACGGAACACUACUACAUGUACUCCAGGAUCUUGCAGUCACAUCUGCCUCCUGUCACCUGUCCAUCCAAAAGGCUACAAGUGUGCUUGUCCAGAAGGCAUGUUCCUCCUGCCUUCUGGAAAAUGUACAGAGUUGACACUUGUAUAUACAACUGGCAAAAAAAUCUACUUCCUGCAAGUAGGCCCCAAGGGUCUGACUGUCAACAAGACAAUGGUUCAAGAGCAGUGGGAAAACCUCCAUCUGCAGGAUGUGGACUGGAAGAGAGACUUCACUUAUUGGACAGAUAACAAAGGGACACUAAUACGCUUCACUGGGCGCCCAGGAAGAGGAGAAACUAUCCACGUUGGGUUACCAGUCUGUUCUGCUAAAGUUGAUAUAUCAUCUGGAGCCAUAUACUGGCUAGCUUGUAAUAGAAAUUACAUUAAAGUUACCAAACUUGCUGACAUGGUCACAAGUACACUCUACCAUGCUGAGAGCAUCAUAUGGCACAUCUCUCUAGACUGGCAGAAGGCAUCUCUCUACUGGCUUGAAAGUGGAAAACCUCUCAAGAAGAUGAACCUUACUAGUGGUAGUAUGCAGGAUGUCUGGAAUGUAACCUGGUCAGAUGACCUUCAUAUUGCCCUAGAUACAAGAUCUUUCAGCUUUCUCUGGAGUUCAAAAAACCUGGGUCUACAGGUUCUGAGCCUUGCUAAGAAUAAAGUGGACACACUGAAGAAAAGCUGGCUGCAUGGGAUAGUAGCUGCUUAUGAACCCUACCUGGUGUCAGUCAACAAAACUGUUCUUCUGCUCUGGGACAGAAGGAAGAUGGAGGUCCUAACCAGCAUGGAGGAAGCUGACAUAAAGGAAGUACUUGUGUUCUUGGCCACAGAAGUGAAGACUGCACCAGAGCUGGUGACUUCUUCUCCAAAGCCAGCUGUCAAAGUAACACUUGCACCGGUGACUUCUUCUCCAAAGCCAGCUGUCAAAGUAACACUUGCACCGGUGACUUCUUCUCCAAAGCCAGCUGUCAAAGUAACACUUGCACCGGUGACUUCUUCUCCAAAGCCAGCUGUCAAAGUAACACUUGCACCGGUGACUUUGAAGACAACAGUAACUACUACCAAAAAGAGCACAGCAGCUACCACAACAAAGUCAACAACCACUUCAGUUGCAUUAACCCUUUUGUCUUGUCCUCGGACCCUUGUACCCUGCCAAGAUGGGAAAGAGUGCAUACCAAAUGAGUAUUGGUGUGAUGGAGAGAGGGACUGUCAGGAUGGCUCUGAUGAAGAAGACUGUUCUCAGUUCUGUAAUUCUCCAGGACUCUUCAAGUGUCUGAGUGGGAACAAAUGCAUUGAGGAGAGCGAGCGCUGUGAUGGUGUACAACAGUGUCCUGAUGGUUCAGAUGAGUUAAACUGCUGGAAGCCCACACAAGAAUGUGCUCUGCAUUGUGAUGACAACAUACGCUGUGUCCCAGAGAGCUGGCUGUGUGAUGGCAACCCAGACUGUCUUGAUCAAGCAGAUGAGCAGGGAUGUGUUCAUGAAGAGUGCAGCAAGAUGGAAUUCCAGUGCAGGAGUGGCCAGUGCAUCUCUUACUCCAUGCGCUGUGAUGGGGACUAUGAUUGUAAGGACCACUCUGAUGAAGAAGACUGUGCAGUCCCCAAGCCACUGCUAUGCCGAUCAGGAGAAGUUAUGUGUCCCAGAAGUGGCGAGUGUGUCCUGAAAGAAUGGAUAUGUGAUGAUGACAUAGACUGCAAAGAUGGAUCAGAUGAGCAGGACUGUGAGCAUGAGAAACCUGAAUGUAGUUCAAAGCAGUGGUCCUGCACUAGUUUCAAGGAGUGUGUUCCAGAUGUCUGGCGUUGUGAUGGGGAGAGAGACUGCAAAGAUGGAAGUGGUGAAACUGGAUGUCAGCCUGCAAAGUGCUCAAGUAUGGAGUUCCAGUGCAAGACAAGUGUUUGCCUCAACCACACCCUGGUCUGUAAUGGCAAGAGAGACUGCACAGAUGGGUCAGAUGAAGGUGAUAAGUGUGUUCUGCCAUGUCAGAAGCCAUGCUCUCAAAUCUGCUACCAGUCACCUGGAGGACCUAGAUGCACUUGUCACAAGGGAUUUGAACUGCAUGAUGAUGGCCUCUCCUGUAGAGACAUCAAUGAGUGCCAAGAGCUAAGGCAUGACCCUUGUAGCCAGACCUGUGUCAAUAGUAAUGGCACCUACAGCUGUGCCUGCCACCCUGGCUACCUGCUGGAACCAGAUGACCACACCUGCAAAGUGACAGGUUCGGAGCCAAUGUUGCUUGUAGCAGUCCAGUCUGACCUAUUGCUCUAUGGAUUGAGAAGUCUGAAAGAUGAUAUCCUAGCUACCACUGACAAGAACUUGAUUAUCUUCUCUAUUGACUAUGACCUGGUAGAAAAGAAGGUCUUUUGGAUGGAUCUCAAUGCAGAAAGUAUUAAAUGGAUAUCAAUGGAUGCCAAGAAAAAGGGAACUCUUGUGAAAGGCAUCAAGUCGGACUCUAUUGCAGUAGAUUGGAUAGGGAGGAAUCUCUACUGGAUUGAUGGGACUGCAGGGCAGCUGUUGGCCAUGCAACUAAACGCUCCUUGGAGGAGAAAUGCUGAGUACACAGUGGUUCUAGAUGAGGAUUUAGACCAGCCUCGAUCACUGGUGCUCCAUCCACUGAAUGGGCUAAUGUACUGGUCUGAAAUAGGGGGCCAACCUCAAAUAGAAGAAGCUGGCAUGGAUGGCAGCAAUAGGAAAAUACUUAUUGACCAAGGGCUUGGUUGGCCAACUGGUCUGGCUCUUGACCUCCUAAGCUGGAAAAUCUUCUGGUCUGAUGACAAAUUUCACAACAUUGGCUCUGCUAAUCUAGAUGGCAGUGGCAUAAAGGUAUUCCAACUAAGCCAGAUCAAGAGUCCAUUCUCAGUAGUUGUAUUUGAGGAUGAUAUCUACUGGUCUGAGAUGAAGACAAGGACUGUACAAAAAGUAAACAAAAAAACUGGUAAAAACAGGACUGUAUUGAUCAAGCGUCAUGGACAGCCCUAUAGCCUAAAGGUAAUGCAUGAAGUGUUGCAACCAACUGCACCAAACCCUUGUAGAGAACUUGGCUGCUCCCACUUGUGUCUAUUGAAUCCAAAACACAAAGGAAGUUGUCGGUGCCCAGUUGAACUAGUGCUUGCUGAUGGAAAAAACUGCAUUCCUGUUAAGGAUUCUGCAUUCUUGUUCCUAGUAGCUUCAACAGCUAUUACUCAGGUAUACCUGAAAAAGCUGCCAGCUACAAUAGGAGGGACAACUCUUCCUGAACAUAGUAUUCUACCUCUUGUCAACCUAGAGCAUCUGACAGCAAUGGACUAUGCUGUGAAAGACCAGUCACUCUACUUUGCAGAGCUGGGAGGUGGCCACAUAAGGCUGUUAAAAAUCAAGGAUUCUGGCAAACUCUACUGGAAAAAAGUAGUGCCAGUGGAAGGCACUGUAAUAUCUCUUGCUCUUGACUGGUUGAGUGGCAAUAUAUACUGGGUCAGCAGCCAGAACCCAUACAUUCAAGUAGUAACUUCAAAUGGGCGUUAUCAUCUGACACUGAUUGACAAAGAGAUCCAUAAAGCAGUUGCAAUUGCACUGCACCCACCAACUGGAAUGAUGUGCUUUAUUGACCUAGGCUCUGAGACUCGUAGGGCUACCCCAAAGAUAGAGUGCUCUGCUAUGGAUGGUAGCAAAAGGAUGGUGCUCUGGAGGAGAUCCCAAAUUCCUGUUGGCUUGACUUUUGCAGAUGUGGGCACUCGGCUCUACUGGGCUGACCGUAUGAAAGGUGUUGUUGAAAGCAUUCAGUUGGAUGGCUCAAAAUACAGAGUAGUGCGGGGAGGGCUGCAUGGCCUCUUGCUCUUCACAAUUGGUGAAGGCAUGAUGGUCUGGACAACCUCCACUAACAAUGAUACAAGAGUAUGGCACAGCAAGCUAGAAACAACAGAGAACUGGUGGUUUCAAGUGGAUGGGAAGAUCAUGGACAUAAAGAUAUACAGCAAGUUCACACAGCAAGGUACAAAUGGCUGUUCAGAGAACAAUGGUGGAUGCAGCCAGAUCUGCUUGGCAACACCACAAGGGAGGGUCUGUAAAUGCUCCACUGGCUAUAAUCUAGAGCAUGGGACUGAAUGCAUUGCAACUGUGACAUGUCCUGAGCCACUUAAGGCUUGCAGAGAUUUCAAGAAAUGCUUUACCAAGGAGCAAGCAUGUAAUGGCUACUUCGACUGCUUGGAUGGCUCUGAUGAAAGUGACUGCACCUAUCAAGAUAGGAAGAAACCCAGCACAACAGUACCAUUACCAAAGAGGCCAGGCAAGAAGGAAGAAAUACCAAAACGUGUCCUAACCACCACCAAGAGACCCACCACUAGAACCAAAUAUCUGCACCCAGAGGUGACAAAAUAUGCUAGAAGGAAGCCUUCAACUGUACAGACUCCUCCCCUAUAUAGGGAGGAUAGGAUUACUCCGCAUAUAGAGCCUUCUCCAUCUCUUAGCAUUGAAAGGGUCCUUGGUUCUCAACCUUGCAGUAGUGAAACAUGUAAUAUGAGAGGAGACUGCACCAUUGAAGAUGGCAUGGUGAAGUGCCACUGCAUGUUGGGAUAUAGUGGUGACCACUGUGAAGAGCCAGCAGUCAAACCUGCAGCUGGUCCCAUUAUCCUGAGCAUUCUUGUAGUACUGCUUGUCCUCAUGGCAAUAGUGGGAGCUUUCUUCUACAUGAGAAGGCAAAGUACCUUGAGAAGGACCUCCAGCACAGCCUCCUAUAGGGCUCUGACCUCCUAUCACAGGGAGAGUGACCCAGAGGAAGACGACAUUGCCACAAAUGUCUCAACAUUUGUUAAUAAAGCCUAUGAUGGAAAACAGGAGCUGGUAACUCCCCUGAAGAUGGAAUGAGUUCAACCUUGAAAUUAAAGUCUUAAUGAAAUUAAA